CUUAUACUACUUUUCCAGGCACGCCCUUGCCUCUCAUUUAGCCGAUUACUCUCUUCUUUCCCCUAAUUUCAGAAAGCCCCCAAUUCUAGGGUUCUAGUCCACCGGAAAGUCCCUGCAUCAAAAAUUUCCGAAAGCCCCCAAUUCUAAGGGUUCUAGUCCACCGGAAAGUCCCUGCAUCUAAAUUUUCCGGAACUUCUGAAGAUUUUGUCAAUGGCAAGGGCGAAGCUUAUAUUAAUUUGCCAGUGUGGUGGUGAGUUUGUGACAAAUGAUGAUGGGUCCUUGACAUAUGCUGGAGGAGAGGCACAUGCAGUAAAUGUUAAUCGUGAAACACUGUUUGUUGACCUCAAGUUAAAAUUGGCUGAGAUGUGUAACUUGGAAUAUAAAACCUUGUUCAUUAAGUACUUCCUUCCUGGAAACAGGCGAACUCUCAUAACUUUAUCAAAUGACAAAGACUUUAAGAGGAUGGUUGAUUUCCAUGGAAACUCUGUAACAGCAGAUGUUUUUGUUAUGGGAAGAGAAGGUUUUGAUCGUGAUGCCUUGAACAUAUAUGCCAACAGGGAGAGUGGUAUAAAGCCAGCUGAGACUGUAAAACGUGUUGUCCCAUGUGCUACUACAUCUCCACCUGAUGCCGUCAUCACUGCGACUCCUGCUUCUUGUGCUGCCAUUGGUACAAGUCCUCCACCUACUGAUGCUACUCCUUCAGCUACCCCUGACUCAAUGUCUUCUCCUUCCUCUGCUGAUAGUGAUGAUGACUUCAGUGCUGUUCUGCACACUCCUGCUGCUGUUGAUGCAGUUGCUCACAGCCCACUUGAAAUUGAUAUCAGUGGUACCCCUGCAGAUACUGUCAAGAAGCGAAGACGUACUGCCUCUUGGAAAAUUGGUGCCAAUGGUCCUACCAUUGUUGCCAUUGCUGAUGAUGGUGGGGAGAAAAGAUCGCGGAAGAACAGCCGAAGUCACAGUACUGUUGCAUUAGCUGAUGAGAUGGAGCAGAAAUGGGAUGUUGUAACUUCUAGAGAGGAUUUUGAUACUCCAUCUACCGUCACCAUCUCUGAUGAUGUGUCACUGGAAAAACUAGUUGCUUCAUGGAAAGAUGGCAUUACUGGUAUAGGCCAGGACUUUAAAAGUGUGUAUGAGUUUAGAGAUGCAUUGCAGAAAUAUGCUAUCGCACAUCGCUUUGUGUACAGGUUAAAGAAGAAUGACACUAACCGUGCGAGUGGCAGAUGUGUUACUGAAGGUUGUUCUUGGAGGAUUCAUGCAUCUUGGGUCCCGGCUGCAAAAUCAUUUAGGAUAAAGAAGUUGAAUACUUCACACACGUGUGGAGGAGAAUCUUGGAAGUCCGUUCAUCCAACAAAAAAUUGGUUGGUCAGUAUUAUAAAGGACAGGUUACGGGAUUCCCCACGUCACAAACCCAAGGAUAUUGCUAAUGGCAUUUUCAAAGACUUUGGAAUCGAGUUGAAUUACACACAAGUAUGGCGUGGAAUUGAAGAUGCUAGGGAGCAACUCCAGGGAUCAUAUAAAGAUGCAUAUGAUCAGUUACCUGGUUUUUGUGAGAAAAUGGUGGAGACAAAUCCUGGUAGUUUUGCCAAGCUCAUCGUCAAUGAUGAAAAAAAAUUUCAACGCCUUUUUGUAUCAUUUCAUGCCUCAAUACAUGGUUUCCAGAAUGGUUGUCGUCCCCUUGUUUUUCUUGAGGCUACAUCUCUAAAAUCGAAGUUUCAAGAGAUUUUGUUGACAGCAACCACACUGGAUGGGGAUGAUGGUUUCUUCCCUGUAGCAUUCGCUGUAGUGGAUGUUGAGAACAAUGAUAAUUGGCAUUGGUUUCUGGAGCAGUUGAAAUCUGCAGUUUCAACUUCAAUAUCAAUAACAUUCGUCUCUGACAGAGAGAAGGGAUUAAAGGAAUCUGUGCUCGAGGUAUUUGGGAAUGCUUACCAUGGUUACUCUAUGUACCACCUAUUAGAUAGCUUCAAGAAAAACUUGAAGGGUCCUUUCCAUGGAGAUGGGAAGGCGUCUUUACCUGGAUUUUUUGUGGCUGCUGCCCACGCAGUUCGACUCGACAGAUUUAAGCACUACACUGAGCAAAUAAAACGGGUUUCUUCACAAGCUCACGAUUGGGUCCUGCAAAUUGAGCGAGAGUAUUGGACAAAAUCAUCAUUUAAGGGCGAGAGCUUUAACCAUAUUACACAAAAUGUUGGGGAGUCAUACACAAAGUUGAUGGAUGAAAUGCGGGAAUUACCCAUAAUACAGAAGAUAGAAGCACUAAUUGGUAUGAUGGUGAAGUUGAUAAAUACUCGCCGAAUGGAUUCAAGUAAAUGGUCUUCAACACUCGCUCCAUCUAAAGAGGAAAAACUGCAAGAACAAAUUUCUAAAGCUUGUGAACUUAAGGUGCUAAUCUCAUCUGAUACCCUAUUUGAGGUUCGUGAUGGGUCCACUAAUGUUGUGAAUCUUGAUAAAUGGGACUGUAGUUGCCUGGGUUGGACUGCUGGGCUACCUUGCCACCAUGCUAUUGGCGUCUUCAAAUAUACAGGUAAGAAUGUAUAUGAUUAUUGUUCAAGAUACUUCACAGCCGAUAGCUUCCGCUCAACGUAUUCCAAGUCCAUAAAUCCUGUGCCUGGCAUCAGCAAACCUGCGGAGAAAGAAGUGGAGAAAGAAGCGGACAAAGAAGGGUCUUCUUCUGACACUGUUCAUGUACUUCCUCCUUGCCCGUCUCGACCACCAUCAGGCCAGCUGGUGGUGAAGAAACGGGCUACAUCACCAGGAGCAUCUAAAAAGGUAGUUUCUUGCAGUCGUUGCAAGGAAACAGGGCAUAAUAAGGCUACAUGCAAGACUUAUGGAGGACUAGCCUACGAAGCAAUUUCUUCAUGUAAUCCGCUUCUAAGACUAAUGGAGGACUAGCAUACGAAGCUAUUUCUUCGCUUGCUCAUCGGUUUGGUGAAGUGCAUGAUGUGCUUUCAAGGUAAGCUUUCAUAAGAGAAUUCAGCUGUAAGUGCUCACCGUUCCAAUAGAAGGUCUGUUUUACCUUUUAGUUCUUGUGUUUGCUUCUUGUAAGUUGUCCUUCUGUACAGUUCGUAGAAUCAUUCGGGGACUCAUGUUCUCUUUAUUCUAGCUUGGAUGUGCUUUUGCAGUUGUGGUGGCAUUAGACCAUGUAAUGUAGUUUGACAUUGUCUUGAACCUUGAACUGUUUAGUUAGAUUUGCUCAAGUUAUUUUCAAA